AUGCAGGAGUCCCUUGUGCGGAGCGGCCUGUGGAACCCUGAACCCAGCCAGAGCUGGGCGGCAGGGCGGGAAGCUCGCCCGACUCUGGAAAUCUAUUUUGUUUACGCUGUUCUCGCAGCAUUCAUCAGCCAGCCAUCAUCUGACCCCCACGUGCCCGCGCUCAGGAUCGACGCCUCGUCCCGGCUGCGGCGGGCAAUCCACGCCAACGACGCCCUCCUCGUCAAACGCAUCCUGCACUCGCACCCGAAGCUCCUCCACAACCCCGACACCUCCCCCGGCGGCCUGUCUAACUCGAACCUGCACCUCGCCGCCUCGUUGGGCCACCUCUCCAUCGUCAAGCUCCUCCUCUCGCUCGGCUGCGAGGCCGACUGCCCCUCGCUCAACGACGACUACCAGACCGCCCUGAUGCUGGCCGCCGGGGCGGGCCAUACCGAGAUCGUCCACUUCCUCAGCGAGCAGGACCCGGGCAUCAUCCUACGCCGCGAUAUCCGCGGCCGCGAUGCCAUUAUGGAGGCGUCUCGCGGUGGCCACGACACGGUCCUGCAGAUCCUGCUGACCUACGUGCCCUGCGGACCCGAACAGGCCGUCCGGAAUGCAGACUCUGAGGGUAACACGGCGCUCCACUUUGCGAGUAGCAAUGGCCAUCUGCUGGUGCUUAGGACGCUCCUGGCAGCUGGCGCGGAUGCGGAGAGGAAGAACAUAUGGUCCUGGACUGCUAUUGCCUACAGCGCCACCGUCGAAGCCGAGGUCUACCUCAAGAAGCUCAUUGUCGACACCGAGACAAAAAGGAAGAUUAAUCGGCAAGCUGAUGAGUCAAGAAGAGGGACUGGGCUGAAGGGCGGGUUGAGGAUGGUUGGGGACAUCGAGGACUGA